AUGUGUCUCAGACUAUACAUACAUCUGUAUGAAGAAGUUAAAGAUGAAAAUACUCAGCUAAAGCAGCAAUCUGAGCGUGAUCAGGAAGUGAUCUCUAUCCUGAAGGACGGUAAUGCAGAGCUGCGGAAUGAUAUAAAGAAGACAGAACAGCAAAAUGAAGAGAUUCGUGCGCAGAUUGACGAUCUGUGUAUAGAAAAUGAUGAUUUGCGAAAGAGAAACGACAGUUUGCGUUCAAAAAACGAAGAGUUGUCUACAAAAAACAAAGAGCUGCGUAAAUCAUGGGAUGCAGAAAGGAAAGAGUUGCUUGCUGAGAACACAGAGUUGCGUAAAGAUUGGGAUACAGAAAGGAAAGGGUGGCGUGAAGAAAACAAGGAGUUGCGCGCAGAGAACAAUGAGUUGCGUAAAGAAUGGAAUGCAGAAAGCAAAGAGCUGCGUGAAGUAAACAAAGAGUUGCGCGCAGAGAACAAAGAGUUGAAGGCAAAGAACAAAGAGUUACUUACGGAAAAUGAGAAGUUGUCUGCCAGUCUCAAAGAGGUGCCCGACCAAUUAAAAGAGUUGCUGAGCCAGCCAACCAGUGCAGUGUGUGGCGAUGAUACAUCAAGCAUCAAAGAUUCAGAUAAUGUGAAAGCAGAGGGGCCAUCUGGAUCAUCAGCCAACAGCCCACGAGAAGACUCGGAUGGUUCUCGCAAGGAGGAGGAGCCAUUUCUGGACCCUUUGAGCAAGGAUGUCUCUAAACUGGAUUAAUGCAACCAACACAUGGAGGUGUGGUGUGGUCAAGGCAUGCACACAGCCCGUACUCCUAAUCAACGACACUGCCGUUUUGUGGAAAAAAUAAAUUAGUCUUGUCUGAGUUAGACCGUGUUACAAGUAUGUUUCAAAUGUAGAAUUUGUGUUUGUAGAGAUGUCAUUUUCAGGACAAACACUUACUUAAACAAAUCACUCGAUUCUGUUUUUACGAAAACUACUGGGAAGAUAAGCCAUUAACCGAGAAAAAGACAAAAAGAACCCGGAAAACUUGACCUUGGUGACGCGCGUUUUUCUGUGCUUGGCUUCCGUCACCUGUACUUGGUCCGAUUACUCAUUAGUUCAUUUUGUUAGUUACUUGUGAUAGGCCAAUUAAAUUUCUUUACUUUAGGUUUUAAGAAACUCAAAUAAUAACCGCUCUUUGUCGGGGAUACAAGUGACGUAUCCAUAUGGUUUCAGAUUCUUGUUGACCAAUAACAAAAUAGAACGAGUACUGGAAUGUUGUCGCAACUGCUUCAGACCACUAAGAGACGUCACGUCGCGUAGCAACCCCUUCGACAUCCAAAUGCGGGCUCAGUCUACUCUAAGGGUUAAGAUUCUGAUCAGGAACAGUGCUUGUUUCCCAGAGAGUAUAAUAAGUUUUCAUGUAAAAUACAGUUAUGUAAUGAAAUUUACUAGUAUGGGGUGCUGUUAACCAUGCAAUGGUUACUUGUGUGGAAUAAUUUAGUUUUCAAAACGUUUUCUACAAGAAAAUGAGUUUUUUAAUCUUAUAGAUUUCAUAUUCUUAUCGUCCCUUUUUGCACGGUACGUUUCCCACAGUUUUUAGAAAUGUAUGAUCUUCCUAUCGAGACGCUAAAAUUGAGUGUUAACUAUUGUUUGCAGCAUACACGUGUCUAAAGUUUUGGCGUGAAUGGUACUGACACACGAUGUUUGCCAAGUAUAUUGUAAACAGAGGAAAAGUUUAGAAAAAAUAGCUACAUUCAGAUCCACAACGAUUUCACAUGAAAGCUCUUUGUUCGCAAAGAGUGAUGUAAGGUUUAUAGUGGAACUCCAGCGUGCGAAGCGCGCCAGCGGAGCACCGAAAGUGCUUAUAUGUUAUUUUACUAUUACCUGACGUGAAACAUCCGAUUUGAGUAAAACCCUCUGCCGGGCUUAAGUCUCGCCAAUGAAAUGUUACCAUGCUAUGAAGUUUCUUUGUUAACCACGUGAUAUUUGAAUAGUUUUUGAUCUAUACAUUUUGUAAUGUACUCGAUAAUUCUUAGUCAAUCAAUAGAUUUGUAAUGCUUUUUUUAAUCGAAAUCAUCUUUGACAUCUGGAUAUUGUCAAUGUGGGUAAUGUUCUUCCACAGUAACUUGUUAUUAAAGCGAUUUUUACUUUUA